AUGGAUCAAGUUUGGGAAACUAUAGUAAAAGCAACUUCUGACCGACUCCUGGAGCUGACUGCCUCGGCUAAAGAAAUAAGUGUACUCAAUGUACUAGAUGCAGAGGUAGUCGCGUCUAAAUUAGAAAGCGUAUUACUGAAACUAACCAAGGAUUUAAACAAUUACUUCAAAUACGUCAAUAACCCAUCGGCAGAUGAUAUUUCAAAUAUUUCCACGUAUCAAUUGGAAGCGGAGGAGGUCCUGAGUGAGCUCAAGGUUAAAAUCGAACAUUCCAAGGUCAAGGACACUUCAUCCACUAAAUGUAAAACUGGAAAACUUCCAGUAUUGAGUUUACCCACAUAUGAUGGCGACAUACUUAACUGGCACUCCUUUUGGGACCAGUUCAAGUCUCAAAUCGACCAGCGAGAAUUAUCAAAGGUUGACAAAUUUCUUUAUUUGUCUGCGGCUUUAACCGGUGAGGCUAAAAACUUAGUCAAAGGCUUACAAGCUACAAACGCGAAUUAUGACAUAGCGGUUGCCACACUCAAGGAACGCUACGGUAAAGAGAGCUAUAUUAAAGAUGCUCAUUAUGCAGCACUGAACAAGAUAGUACCUGCUACUGAUGUUAUAUCAGAUUCUCGUAGGGUAUAUAAUGAAGUUGAACGUCAUCUUCGAGUAUUAAAUGCCUUAGGAGAAGAUAUUUCUCACAGUUUCUUUAGGACAGUAAUAUUCGAGAAAUUUCCAGAAACUAUAGUCUACGAAUUGAAAAGAGUUAUCAAAGACGACUCUACAGAAGAGAUAAGGAUGCAGCUUUCAAAACUGCUAGCAGACAAGGAAGAAGUCUUUAAAGCUAAACAAACUCCAACUGAUGUAGAAGGUUGUACCACAGGGACCUUACAAGCAGUAGAAAAUAUUCCCAAAAAUAAUAAAAAACCAUUUUAUAAUACCUUUAGUGAAGGCCAAAGGAAGAAAUCUCAUCGUGACUUCGGAAGAAAGCGACCAUUUAAGGGAGACAACUUUCAACCAGAAUAUGGAAAGAAACCUCGAAUGGAAUGUCGAUUCUGCAAUAACCCUUCUCAUUACAGUGACGAAUGCACUAAGUAUGCAACGCUGAAAGAGCGAAAGCAGAGACUAGGCAAAAGGUGCUUCUUAUGCCUGAAAGAAGGACACUUUAUACACAAUUGCAGAAUGAGAUUUAGAUGUCAUCACUGUAAAGGAAAACAUCAUCGAGCGCUUUGCCCAAAACAGUUGAAGUCUGCUAUACCUAAGGCGGUAGCUGCAGACGGCAACUGCAGUAAUAAGGAAUAA